AUGAACCCAUUAGUACGGCCCACCAUUGCUAGAGCACCAUCCGUUGUGAUAGAUGAGUUUAAAGAGGGGCAGUUGGGUCUUGCUGACAAAUUCCAUGAAAGCUUGGAAAAUAUCUUCACCUCUAGUGUGUCCUUUCUAUGGCAAAAUGAAAUCUAUGUGUUAAACUUCUCAAUGACAAUAAAUGAAGAAUUUGACUUUGAACUCACUGACAACAGCAGUCACAAAUACGAAAAGUAUAAAAAAACAAUCCAGAAUUCAAUUAAUUCAUUUUACAGUACUGUACCUGCUUACUUGAACGAGUCUGUACAAGUGACCAACUUCAGGUCUGGCAGUGUGGUGGCAGACUUUUAUAUUCGAACAAGAAGUCUUGACCUUAAUUUGGUAUCAGUGAACAAAAAACUUGCUAGUAACCUCACUUUACAGGGUUUUAAAGUGAGCGACACUGGAUUCAAUCAAAGUGUGAAAGAUGGACUAUAUACAGGCAGCAGCAGCAGUAUAUAUCCUGGGACAACUCUUACACUGACCUGCAAUUCUUCAGCGAAUAGUAGCCUAAUAUGGACCCGGGAUGGUCAAACACUAGAAAACGAGACAAAUAAAAUGCUUUUACUCAGUAAUGUCUCUCCCGAUAACAGUGGACAAUAUGCUUGUAUAACCACAGUAAAUUCAAUGCCCUAUGUUAUCUGGCAAAGGUUUACAAUUGAGCAAUACCCUGAUAUUCAAUUGACCACUAACAAAAUUGUGAAAUGUGAGGAAAGAGAUAUCCCACUUAAGUGCUGUGUUCAGAAGAUUUACCAAGUGAAAUGGGCCCCAAAUGUAACUUGUAGCUCAAAUUCAACAGGUAAAACAGCAGGUUGCAUAUUGUGCAACUAUAAAAUUAAACAAAAUGAGUGUCUGACUAAUGACCAAAUGAAACAAGUCACAUGCCAAGUCCAAAAUCCCAUUAGUGGAGGAACAACUUUUAAUUAUGCCUCAAAGAGCAUUGAAAUUAUUGCGACAAACAAAGCAUUUUCCUGCUUUGAUGAUGUAUUCGGAGCUGGAAAUCUGGGAGAUAAAAACAUCGGUGACUGUCCUGAAAACAUGGUUGGCCAUCGAGUAGCUGAGUGUAAUUCCUCAGGGCUUUGGAACCCCAUAGAAAACAACUGUGUCCUACGCGUCUUUCAAAAUUUGAAAGACACAGCUGAGCAUUUACAGGUGGAAAAUAUCCCAACAUUUUUGGCUAAUGUCCGCAUGAGUGCAAUAUCAGAGCUUGAAAACAUCAUUGACUCUCCACAAACAGUAUUAAAAAUUGUAGACAUACUGAAAAUCAUUUCCAGUCGCUCACAAACAAUUGUAAUCAAUAAACUAGUAAUGGAGGAUUUCCUCAAAACAACUGAUGUCAUCGGAUCAGAUGGUGCACGGGACACAUGGGUGCUUUUAAGCACCAAAAAUACAACAAUGAAUGCCAGCUCUGAACUUCUAAACUCGAUUGAGGAUAUCGCACGCAGACUCACAAAUGAAAGCUUCUCGAUAACAACAAACUUUAGUUCUCUAGAAAAAAAAUCAAUUUCUGCCCUUUUUUUUGGAACAUUUGGAAUAAAUUCAACGACCCAAAUAAAUAUUCCAGUGGCGAGUGCACAGACAGCUCUCACAGUCAUCAUUUCUUCAGCUUUUAAUAAUAUCUUACCUGUUCGAAAUCUGACCUACGAAGACAGCAAUCAAACUGGCACCAUCAUCAAUGGAGAUGUAGCUGUGAUUGAGACAAACACAACAAUUAACAGCAUCUCCCUUUCUUUUGACGUCCAAAAUACGACGUUGGGAAACCCUCAGUGUGUCUUUUGGAACUUUAACCUUUUGAAUGGCAUUGGGGGAUGGGACUCGACUGGAUGUCUACUAAAGUCAUUACAGAAGGAAACUAAAAGUGUUACAUGUGAAUGCAACCACACAACAUCUUUUUCCAUUCUGAUGUCACCAUUUACUCCAGAUAAAGACUUAGCCAUAAUCUUAGACUAUAUAACUUACAUCGGUGUUGCUAUUUCAUUGGGCUGCUUGGUUUUGUGCCUCCUCAUUGAAAUCAUUAUAUGGAAAUCAGUGACAAGAAAUGACACGUCCUACAUGCGUCAUGUCUCUAUAGUCAACAUCGCUCUCUCCCUACUGAUUGCGGACAUAUGCUUUAUCAUUGGAGCAGCGGUAGUUAACCGAGGCGAAGGUCCCUGCAGUGCAGCCACAUUCUUCAUGCAUUUCUUUUAUCUUGCCCUUUUCUUCUGGAUGUUGUUGUCCGCACUCUUGCUCCUCUACCGCACCCUUAUGGUCUUUUCCAGAAUGACCAGAGGUGCGAUGAUGGCCAUAGCCUUUAGUGUUGGCUAUGGAGCCCCAUUAAUCAUAGCUGUUGUUACUGUGGCAUCUACAGCUGGACAACAUGGAUACAUUCAAAAACAGUACAAUUGUUGGCUAAACUGGAGUCAAACGAAGGCCCUCCUGGCAUUUGUGAUUCCUGCUCUGACUGUUGUAGCUAUAAACUUCCUGGUGCUUAUUGUGGUUUUGGCGAAGAUUUUGAGGAGAGGAGCUAGUGCUUCCAUUCAGCAAGAUGAGAAACAUCCUCUAGCAGUGAUUGCUAGAUGUGUGGCGAUUCUAACACCUCUCUUUGGUCUAACAUGGGGAUUCGGCAUCGGAACCUUGGUAUCACCGAACCGUGGAAUUCACAUAGUGUUUGCAUUCUUUAAUUCACUGCAGGGCUUUUUUAUUUUGGUGUUUGGAAUAAUACUGGAUAGUAAGGUCCGAGAAGCAUUGGCAGGAACGUUUUCACUGAGGAACUUAAGCUCUAAUCCGACCAGAAGUACAAGUGGGGGACGACCAUCCUCAGGUGGAUUUCCUUUCUUUAACAGACUACGGCACAGAAAUGUGUACAACAUAUCGAGUGGUGGCGUGAUGUCUUCAAGCAACUCAGACACAGCUGCUCACAGCUAAAGUAGCAUGCCUAUGUUAUGAGAAUAUGUAUAAUAUGUAAAACAAAA